AUGAACAGGCACGAGAAAUAGGAAGUUGAAUAAGGAUUGCGCAAUCUUUUAGAAGAAGUAUAAGAGUUAAACAUAUUAAAUCAGAUGAUGAUAUUUUGUAAUGAGAAGAUCAAUGGCAUCGAGAACUGGAAUUGUCUGGAUCUGAUACAGCGAAUUACCAAGUUGUCUCGAUAACUAAGGAACAGCAAUCUCGAAUACAAGAAAUUGGAAUCUGUAUUGCAACAAUAGGAAGCAGACAUUCGAAAUCACAUAAGUGUAUGGAGGCAUUUUUAAUUUUAGUUAGAAUAAUAGAUGAAAUUGUAUUAGGAUGGAUUACAAUCAAAGUUAGAGGAGGCUAAUCAAGAAAUCAAGAGAUUAUCAGAGGGUCUCUAUAAAUUAAAGAAGUCUAAUUGUUAAUCAGAAUCAAUGAAAAAGGAUUAGAGUAAUGAUGGGUCUACCUCUUAGAAAUAGGGUUCUCCAAAAAAGCUAUCCUCCUUCUCUCAACAUGGAGGUUACACUUCUCACAGAAGCUCAUGUGACGAACUUUUUAAGAGAUACAAUAAGCUGUUGUAACAAUAGUAGGCCUGUAUUAAUCAACGAUCAAAUAACAUCUAAAUUAGUUAAUAUAUGAUGAAAGGCCGAUAAACUUUAGCUGAAAUAUGUAAUAUACAACAAAACAGAAAGUGGAUAAAAUAAUUCAAUCAAUUCAGAAACAAUAAGAAAUUUAUUGAAAAUGAAAUGAAUUAUAAAAUGUUGAAAUUAUGA